ACUUCCCUUGGGUCACCAGCUUCCUUGAGCUUGGAUUAAGAGUAAAAUCUUCCCGAAGAUAGAAGUUUGGGAAUUUCCCAUUGACUCACAGUUCAGAGAAAGCUUGUACUUAAUCGUCAGAGCUCAGAGCGAGCCGCGGUGAGUUCAGGAGACGCAAGGACCGGACACUUCGCUGAGAACCGAACCAGUGACCACCUGGCUUCCAGUGAGAACAGGCAGCCAUGAUGGAACCCAAACCUCGGAAGAGUUCAGGCAAACAAUUUACAUUAUAUUAUGAAAAUGAAGUCUGCAAACAAGAUUACUUUAUUAAAUCACCACCUCCUCAGCUUUUCUUCUCUGCAACCUCUUGGAAAAAGCGGCUUUUCAUCCUGUCAAAGAGUGGGGAAAAGGGCUUUAGUCUUUCCUAUUACAAAGACCAUCAUCACCGAGGUUCUAUUGAACUUGAUCAAAGUUCCAGUAUAGAAGUCGGCAUCAGUAACCAUGAAAAAAUGCAAUCCGUACAGAAGAUGUUUAACUGCCAUCAUGACGAAGUGAUGUCGAUCAGGGCCACUAACAGGGAAUACUUCCUCAUUGGCUAUGACAGGGAGAAGAUUAAAGACUGGGUCUCUUUCUUGUCAUCCCUCUGCCGGAAUAUAAAAGCAGCACGCCAGAAUACAGGGGAGAAACUCUCAUUUGGUGAUACAAGGCCCUCUUCAGACCCCAUCCCUCUCCUUGGUCUUUCCUACACACCGGAGGCUGUCAGCACGACCACAGCAAGAAAAAGUCUUCCAGACAUGCAUUUAAUGGAAAAAAGGUCUUCAGGACUCAGAGAAGCUCAUCUACCGCAUGCCAUCUUGUCAGACACCGCUCAAGAUACAGAAGAAGAGAGUCAUUAUAUUAAUCCUCGAAGUAUUCUUAGAGAGUUGGAUAAUAUUAUUGCUGCCAAUGAUUCUGGUGAACCCGUUGAACCCAUUGGACCUGGUAGUCCAGACCAGGUCUCCGAGGCAGUUGAGUGUCAUUACAUGUCCAUGAAAUCCUGUGUUUCCAAAGAGUCGUCCCAUAAGUCUGCUGAUGGCAAAGAGGAAUCCCAGACCCUGGCAGAUAUCCUGAACGGGGAGCUUCACCCACAAGAACAAGGCUCAGGAACGGGCUCUUGUCUUUCACCUGCCAAUACGGAAGCACAGAUCACGAAUGACAAAAAGGGGGCGGCCUCACUAAGUGUUGUGCAAUUGUCUAUACUAAUCAAUAACAUCCCCGAUGAAAUCCAAGUGGAGAAGCUGAACAUGUUCCUUUCUCCUCCUGACAUCAUAAACCAUCUUGCUCUCAGAGAAGCUGCAGGAUGGAUAUGUGUGGCUCAGUGGGAUGGCCCCCCGCACCUGGGAUGCUUAUUUUUUCACGGAGAUCACCUUUUGGCCGUGAAUGACCUGAAGCCCCAGAGCCUGGAGGAGGUUUCCUUGUUUCUCAGCCGGUCCAUCCAGGGGGAGAAAGUAAAACUCACCAUCGCUCGGAUCCCAAAUUCAGAGAAAUUCCACGGAAUAGCCUGUACAUGCCACUUACCAGACCAAGGUAUUAAACCUUCUAAACUGGAUACGUCUGUACUGGAGAGGACACUGGAGAGGAGCCUAGCCAUUAAAAGGGGUCAGCAGAAAGGAUCUGGAGAGUAACGUGCUGGGGCCCACUGCCGACAAGCGAGGAUGGGCCCCAGACUCUGUGCUGAGCUCUGCCCCUCACCGCUGUGUGAUAGCAGGCAGUCAGCACAGCUCUCUGAAUUUCUCCAUCUGCAUCUUAACAAUGGGAAUAACCAUCCCAUCUCUGGCUAUUGCGUCAGGAUGUUGAGAGGCCCAAGUGGGAUGAUAACUAUGGAACACAGUGAAAAUGUAAGGCUUUAUUAUCUCAGACUUUGUCCCAAACACCACAGACUGAGAUUGGGUAAGUUUCUCAUCUAAAAUG